UGUCAUGCCUCUUGUACUCUAGCGUAACGCAAUGAGUUCCAAAAUGGUGUCUUAUGGCGUAUCGCGAGCAUUACGUUCGGCGGUUUUUCCAGUCAAGGUUUUUAGCACUUAAAGCCUGAACAGGCUUCCAAACGUGUCGUAGAAAGGCAAAUAUCGUUUUUAGCUGUCGUAUUCACUGCAAAAAUGAUUAAAAUCGUAGCCGAUCGCACGGGAGAAUCAAAUCCAGAUGAUAAAAAAAUGGGCAAAAUGGAACGGCCUGAGAACAGAGCGCCAACCCAAGCGACUGACCGCAGCGGUGUGACAAGUGAGACUGUAGCAUCGAAGCCUGUGAAAGAACAGCAGGAGCCGUGCUUCCACCGUAGUGCCCUGCUACUUGCUCACCGCGGAGGAGUGCAUGGGAGGCCACGGAGCCUUGCACUUCCCCGAGAGCUGGCCAUCAAUGUGGUGGCCAAAAAUCCUCAGCAGCUGGGCACCCCUGGAAGCAGCAAGAGGGCGGGUCCUUCGAGGGCGUCCAUCUUGAAGCAGAAUCCAGCUCCCCUUAUUGUGGAUGAGAUAGAUGCUGCCGAGGAAACUGUGACGACAAGCUUCCCAGGUAAGGCUACAGGGAGCAGCAGGUCGGGACCACAGAUGUGCCCUGUCUGCAAAAAAAUAAUCAGCAGUGCCAGCAACUUGAGGCAGCACUACACCAUAUGCCACACAUCCUCAGAACGGCCCUUCCCAUGUGACAUGUGUCAAAAGCGUUUCAACACUGAGAGCAACCUCAGGCAGCACCGGCGAACACACACGGGUGAGCGCCCCUUCCCAUGCCCACAUUGUGACCGGUCUUUUGGCACAUCUACAAACCUGAGACAGCACGAAAGGACUCAUACGGGUGAACGGCCUUUUGCCUGCUCCGAGUGCCCUCGUGCCUUCCAAACAUCUAGUAAUCUCAGGCAGCACCUGCGGAUACAUACCGGUGAACGACCUUUCCCAUGUCCUGAGUGUGGCAAGCGUUUUGGGUCAUCCGCAAACCUCAGGCAGCAUCGCAAGACACAUGAUAAUCACCGGUUAGAACAGAACAGGCACGAGCUCCUCGUGAAGAUGUCUGCAUGUGACCAGCCUUCUUCAAAGAAGGGCAGUGAGGAGGACCCUGCAGAGAGUGAAGACGAGGCACCUCGGCCAGACACUGUCAUCCUGGUGGAGAUGGACGAGAGGGACGAGUCCUCGAAUGGCACUGAAAUGAUUGUGGGCUAUCAAAGUGUAGCCGAUGGAACUGGUUGUGCUCUGGAGCAGUCUGGCCAGCCAAGCCCACAGACCCUGCUGGCUCAGAUAUCGGCCAGCGUGCUAGUCAAGAAUGAAGGCCAAGAUGGUGAAGUGGUUCCUGGCGAAAUUCUGGUUCACGAAGUGGCACCUGAUGAUGUUAUGCCCAGUGAAGUGGUACCUGAUGAGGCCCUCGAAGUGGCUGCUGAGGUGAUGGAAGCCGCAUCAAGUGUGGAGGAAGUUGAAUUUCACGGAACGGUGGUGCAGGCAGUGGAAGAAGUGCAGCAGGUAGAAGACAUCACAGCGGAGGUGAUGGCUUCUGCGGGAGUGACUGUGGACAACACCGUCCUUUGCAAGGUGGAGCCUUGCGAGAAGAGCAGCGAGAUCUGGGUGCUUGGUGACAUCAUCACAGUGGACGAGCAGGCACACUGCAUCCUGGCCGAGCAUGUUGCAGCUGGUGCCAGCAGCACGGACACCGAGGCCCUGCUGGGGGGCCCCAAGCACGCGUGCGUCGACUGUGGCAAGGAGUUCACGACGGUGUUCCACCUCCGUCGGCACCGGCGCAUUCACACUGGCGAGCGGCCCUACCCGUGAAGGUGCGGACAGUGCUUCCGGCACAGCACCUCGCUCAAGGUGCACAUGCGCCGGCACACUGGGGAGGAGCCCUUCCAGUGUACUGUCUGCUCAAAGACCUUCAAGGAUCCAGCCAACUUCAAGGUACAUCAAAACUCCCACUCCAAGGAGCGGCCCUAUGCGUGCCGCGUCUGUGAGAAGCGUUUCAACGCGGCCUCCACAUUGUAUGCUCACAUGAAGAUCCACACGGGAGAGCGGCCCUACGCGUGCACCAUCUGCAACCGCUCCUUCACGUUCAACAACACACUGGUGCGGCACAUUCGCACCCACACGGGUGAGAAGCCAUACAAGUGCGAACUUUGCCCACUGCGUUUUUCCACUGCUUCCAACUUGUCUUCGCAUCGCAAGAAGCACUCGCAGGAACGACAGUUUCACUGCGAGAUCUGCCCGCAGGAGUUUUCUACUGCAACGGCGCUGGCCUCCCACGUCAAGACCCACACGGGUGAGCAUGCCCACCAAUGUGAAGUGUGCUCCCGAGGAUUCGCCAAGUUUGCUGGCCUGCAAGCACACAUGCGCAAGCACACCGGAGAGCGGGCCUUCUACUGCUCCGAGUGUGGCAAGGGAUUCACGCGCAAGCUGCACCUCAAGCAACACCCUCUGAGCACGAGCCAGCGCGACCUGUGGCAACAUGUGAAGUGUGUCAGCGUGACUUUGUCAAUGUCGAGUCUCUCCAGGUGCACAUGAAGACGCACAAUGUCCAGGGGGACGAGUGCAAUUGUUGUCUACAUAAACAAAAAGUGAGCCGGUUUAGCUGGUUAACAAGUGCGACUGUUAAACAUUGUAGUUCUGUUGUGCCCUAUGGGAGUGAUUGCCUUUGACGCUGAAUUGUGCAGCCUUUUCCAGAAUAAAUGUUAGCAGAGCAUGCCUGCUACAGGCAUGCUCUGGUUGCAUGCACA